GAGUUGAUGCUGAGGCCUGCACGACAUGUCCUUUCGCGGAAAGAGCCGGUUCCGGAAAAGGGGGAUGAGCUUUCUGUCAACCCGGAACCGGACCAUUCAGCUGUCGCUGAGGGAAAGAAGAAAUACAGCCAACUAAUAAUCAGUCCGAGGGUACUGACUGCGGCCGGUAGCUCUGCCUAUCCUCGUCACUGGGAAGGCCAGACGCCGGUCGGCGUGAGAACCAACAGAAAUUUGCCAAAUGCCAUUUCAUGUCGGCCAGAUCGCCAGAGCUGGAAUGUGUGUGCAACGCAGCCACACGCUCCCAGUCUAAUGUCUAGAGACGAGGAGUCCACCUCGUUGCUGGUCGACGCAAAGACCGAAGUCGCGGCGAUAGCAACAACACAGCGUCGAAGGGAGUUGGUAAAUGAAAUGAUCUUGGCCGAUGUAGGGCCUCGUGUGCUGGUGAAAACACGUUCUGGUAAAGAGAUUUUGGUAAGAAAUUGCCCAUAUCUGAGCCUCGAGAGUGCACCGGUCGUCGGGCGAUUAGGCAAAACGACGGAACCUGCUACUCCUCUGGACGGCAAGAGCCUUUCAUCAGCUGACAAUACUGUCUGCUCGGUACCAUCGAAUGCGACCCAGCCCACCAGCUCAACGGCAACCACAACCAGCAAUGCCAACUAUCUCUUUCUUCCCAGUGCCCUCACAUAUGGUCACCAACGUUGCUCAGUCUACUCUACUGAAGCUCAUUCAACCGCUGCCUUGGUGACCAAUUUCGGUCCGAGUGUACAAACUUCCAUUUCCCCGCAAGAAGGUCUGGUGCCGGUGCUGGGAGAAUCGUGUGGACCGUCGGUUGUGCGGUCGGGUCAGGAUUAUGAAACGAAGUCGACACCGGCCCGAGACGUGAACCAUGACAUUCCGGCGGAAAGAGCUCGUGUCAAGUUUGCAAUGCGGCCUAUCGCGCAGGUGGCCGGCAACUCGAACGGUGCAUUGCCGCAUCAUUCACCUCCAGCCCAGCCUCCUCCUCCUCUUUCUCCUACUCCUUCUCCUCCUCCCACUUCUCCACUUCUUCCUCCUGCUCCACUCCAACAGCCGAGGCCAACGGCCUGCCCGACCAACCAGCCCAUCCAUUCGGGCCAAGCACAGUCGCCACUUCAACCACAACCCGAAAACCAACCUGUUUCACACACGACUGGGCUGCAGAGGCCACUUUUCCACUACCCCUGGCACACGGUACAGCCAUGCAGUCAGCAGAAUCAGCAAAGGCAGCAGACAACCCUCGUCAGGCAAGGUCAGCAUCUGCCGGUGCCGAUGUUGGUGCCGAUGUUGGUGCCGGUGCCGCCUCCACGACAACAUUUGCACAAGGCAAAUCGCUCGUACUGCCCGUCUUCAGCGGAGAAUGGCCGAUGGCGUGGAGAAAUCGGUCCGUUCGACGAGGCGGCAGCUCGUCAUGGCGGACAUCUGAUGCCGUUCAAGUCGACAGAACUGCUCGUCGCCAAGCCGACGACGUCGUUGCGAACGACCGAGGCUCAACAACAAAUGGGCAAGAUUCCCUUUCACCAGGUCGGCAAGUUCCAUGUCCACGACCGAGUAUCCAUGCCACAGCAGCAACAGCCUGUUGCUCAGGGACCGGUCACUCAGCGAUUCUGGUUCCAGCCGGCAAUGUUGCCCGGCUCACUCGACGCCUCGGGCUCUCUGGAGCCGUCAACCAGCAGGAGCAUGCUCAAGCCAUCUGGCAAUAGCCAUGACAGCGCAACUGUCAAAAGUAACCUUGGCACCGGCUUUGUUGAGUCAAACAUCGACAUCCACCGAUCUACCGGCAACAGAGAAUAUGUGUCAGGCAAUAAGUUGGCCUUAACUAGGCCAGGCAACCCGCUUCAAACGAAGCAUAAUCCCUCUUUCAUUACCUCAAAGCCACGGAUCUCGCAGACAGCUGCCCCACAACUGCAUCGUUAUUCCAUGUUUGAGCCGAAAAACUAUUGA